AUGUGGGACCACAUGGACAGUCCUCCCUCGAUCUCUCUCCGGGAGGUUACACUAGAACACCUUCUCAUCGCCGACACAGCUUCUGGCGAAAUUAACGAGGGUGAUCCUGCAGUUCACAGGCGCCUGCACCUGGCCUCCUUGGUGUACAACAGGUGGACUGAGCGGGGCACAGAUCCUGCCGCCCUUGCAGCCCGCUUGAUGGAUGGUUCAGUGGAUGCACUGGAGGACUUUGUGACAGCAGCCGAUGACAGCUUGCCUGAAGGGACACAGCAGUCUGCUGGGGUGACAGAGGGUUGGCAGGCUUGUCAGGACUGGGAGACAGCGGACGGCGGGGUGAACCUCCAAUUUUUGUCAGAGAAGUUUGGUGAUGCACGCAUCUGGGCCACUGCCUCUGCCAGCACUUCAGAUGGGUAUGGAGGCGGCCAGAGGCACGACAUGACAGUAGCAGAGUAUGUGGACUGGUGGUUACGACAUAAACAGGGCCAUGAGGAGCAGCUGCUGUAUCUCAAGGACUGGCACUUUGCAUAUGUGCUGCCAGAAUACUUCAGGGAUGACUGGCUUAAUGAGUACUAUGACAUGCGCCAGACAAGUCACCAGGCUGCUUCCACAGGCAAUGGAACUCACAGUCAGGAGAACAUAGUGACAUCAGACUACCGGUUCGUGUACCUGGGCCCGAAAGGCACCACCACUGCACUGCAUGCCGAUGUGCUGCGCUCUUUCAGCUGGUCGGUGAACGUUUGCGGGCGCAAGCGGUGGCGGCUGCUGCCGCCGCAGCACACGCAUCUGCUCUACGACCGCUUCGGCCGCGAAAUGGCGCCCGACUUUGAGACUGACGGCUGCCGCGCGCAACACUUCCCCAAUCUCGCAGCCGCCAGGCGACAUGUCAUCGAAGUCGAUCAGGGUGUUGGCGAGGCCAUAUUUGUGCCGAGCGGGUGGCACCACACAGUGACAAACCUGGAGGACACGCUCUCUAUCAACCACAACUGGCUCAACGGCUUCAAUUUGCACCGGGGCUGGGCAUUGCUGCGCCGCGAGCACGCCGAAGCCGCAGCCGCCAUCGAGGAUUGCCGGGCGACCUGCUCCCCUGAGGAGUUUGAGGAGCUGGUGCAGCGCAACAUGGCGGCCAACUGCGGCCUCGACUUCCGAGCGGCUGCCGAGUUUGUCGGCUGCAUUGCUGCUCGCGAGCUACGCCUGAUCAGGCAGCCUGCAAUCAGCCGCCAGCAGAGGCUGAUGCACCUGUUCAAUCUGCAGCGGGCUCUGCCAAGUGAGAUCCUGCAGCUGCACGAGCGACGGUGGCAGUACGGCGAGAAACUGCGCAUGUAA